AUGUCACACCGGCUCCUCACCUGGCUUUGGCAUAUUGUCCGGCUGUGUUCAGAGAACAACACAUCGGAUCCUGUUCAAUCAUUGGUUGAGAUGAUCCUUCCUGACCUGGAUUAUCUUUCUAGCGUGUCCUGCGUCCUGGGAUCAAAGCCCAUGAGCCAGGACAUUGUCACCCCUCAACGGGAGGUCCGGUAUCAGACCCUGGUUGAGAACGUAAUAGUAGCUGGGAUGAGCAAGCCACACACCGACAGAAACACGAGGGGCACCGACGACGUGGAACUGGGUCAAGUACGAUCUUUGGUCAAAAACCCAUCACACUACGGAUACUUCCAGAUUGUGUUCCAAUGCAUUGCCGAUAACGUUUGA